CCCAAAAGUGAUUCUUAGUAAAGCAAAAAUUUGAGGUGAUGAUGGAUUAAAGUGAGAUGAAAGAGUUGCUGACACCGUGUCAUUAACCCAGACUCGUGCUCCUGCCUGGGGCUCCACAUACCUUUGCAGGCCGGCGGAGCACAGCCGGGCGGGGAGGCGCUCUGACUGCGCCUCUCAGGAUGCGGAGGGUGUCAACUUUGAGUUGCAUAUAAGCCCGUCAUCUUCACAUUUCUCUUCAUCCCAAUGUUUUUUCCUCUUCGUCAUGGCCACAGACAAAGUUCCGCCUCCUCUGGGCUCCAUCGAGAACCCGAUCAAGUCGAAGGAUCAGGACUUCCUGAGUCUCCUGGAGGAGUGUCUGAAGUCCGGGCAGUUGUUCUCUGAUCCAACCUUCCCAGCUGAGCAGGGCUCCAUCGGUUUGACGGGUCUGGACCCGACCCGUCCUGACAACGAGAUCAAGUGGCAGCGACCUAAGGAAAUCAGUAAAAAUGCUGUGUUUGUGGAAGGAACCACUGGCACCACAGACAUCUGCCAAGGCCAACUGGGGAACUGCUGGCUGCUGGCGGCCCUGUCCUGUCUCACCAUGCACCCUCAGCUGUUCGUGAAGGUGGUGCCGCCUGAUCAGAGCAUGUCUGAGCGAUAUGCAGGGAUCUUCCGUUUCAGAUUCUGGCAGUAUGGUGAGUGGGUGGAGGUGGUGGUGGAUGACAGGCUGCCAGUUCGCGAAGGCCGUCUGCUCUUCAGCUACUCUCGCUCCCGUAAUGAGUUCUGGAGCGCCCUGGUGGAGAAGGCCUAUGCCAAAUUAACAGGAUCCUAUGGCAGCCUGAAGGGGGGCAACAUCUCAGAGGGGAUGGAAGAUUUCACUGGAGGCAUCGCAUACUCGGUGGAAAUCUCGUCUCACACCCCUCGCGUCCUCUGGAGGAGUCUGACCAGAGCGCUGUCCAGAGGAAGUCUGCUCAGCUGCUUCAUCCAGGCCUGCAGCUACAAAGAAGUUGGUCAAGUGAGUGGAGAUGGGCUGAUAAAGGGCCACGCCUACGCCAUCACGGACACGGACAUGGUAAACAAUGCGUCAACGGAGAUUCUGUUGCUGAAGCUGAGGAACCCCUGGGGUUUCAUUGAAUAUCAAGGACCUUGGAGCGACAAGGCUAAAGAGUGGGACGCUGUGGACAAAGCAGAGCAGGAGCGGCUAGAGCUGAAGAAGAUGGAAGAUGGAGAGUUCUGGAUCAGUGCUGAGGACUUCAGUAAGCUCUUUAAUGUCGUGGAACUCUGCAACGUCAACCCUGACUCUCUUGAUGAGGUCGCCGAGUCUUCUUCUCCUUCAACCCAGGCUGCAUGGAGCAUCACCGAACACGAAGGAGCCUGGGUACCAGGAAGCUCUGCUGGUGGCAGCCGCCGAUACAACAAGACCUUUUGGAAAAACCCUCAGUUCCAGUUGAUUCUUAAAGAAAGGGACCUUGACGAGGUGGAAGACAGUGAAGAUGACGAUGGCACUGAGGACGAUGAUGAAGUUGAAGAUGAGACACUGACAAUGACACUGGAGAAGAAGCAGAGAGAACAGAAACAAAAGCAGAAAGCCAAAAAGUGCACUGUGUUGGUGGAGGUGCUGCAGAAGGACCGCAGGAGGAAAGACAAAAUCCACUUCCUCUACAUUGCGUUCCAUAUUUACAAGGUUCCUCCUGAACUGCAGGGUCUUUGUCUGAGCCGCAACUUUUUCAUGACAAACCGCCCUGUGGGUCGUUCUGGGAAAUAUCAGCCAAAGAGAGGUGUGUGGAGGAAGCUGCAUCUGGACCCAGGUAAUUAUGUCAUCCUGGCGUCCACUUAUCGACCAAACCAGCAGGGAGACUUUUUUGUCCGCAUUUUCUCCAAGACUGGAAACACUCUCGGGUCUCAGGACUUCACCUGCUCCUCUGUCUACCUUCCGGUUAUGGCCGCACCUGUCUCUUUAGGGGAUCAAAGAAGAGUCCGGAAGACUUUUGAAGAGUUUGCUGGACCUGAUGGUCAACUGGACAGUAAGGAGCUGAUGAAGCUGUUGAAUUCAGGUUUGGACAAAGAUUGUCAGCUGCCUGUGGAGACGUGCAGACAGCUCAUCUUCGCAGAGGAUACUAAAGGACAAGCACGUCUCGACCGUAAACAAGCAGAAACCAUGCUGUCCAGUGUGCAGAAUCUCCAGUCUCUCUUUUUCCAGUUUGAUGAAGACUCCUCUGGGACGAUGAGCCCGUUUGAGCUGAGCACAGCACUGGAAGCUGCUGGAAUGAAAUGCGAUGGAAAAGUGAUUCAGCUUCUCUCUGAGAGGUUCUCAGCUGGACAGCGUAACAUGCCCUUCCACACUUUUGUGUCUUGUUUCACCAGGCUGCGCAAACUCUUCGCCAUGUUUGAUGCAGAGACCAACGAGGAGGUGAAAAACGCUGGGAUCAACGCUUGGCUCAUCAAGUUCCUGACACUGUGAGGAUGAUCUACACCUGAGGAGCCGACAGAGUCAGAAACCUGAACGCAAAUAUAAAACUGCAUUAUAAACUCGUCUUUUCUCAUUACACUAAAGCCAUGUAGCUAAAUAUAUUAGUGUUCCUUUAAGCUUCUUUCAUGUAUCGGCUUGACCUUAUAAAUGUUAAAACACGGUCCAAACAGGGCAAUAAACAACCACUGACUGCAUGAGC